CCAAAGUACAUGGAGAAAGUGAUGGAGUCGGCGGAGGUUCGCAAGCGGGAUCAGCUACGGGCGAAGGAUAAACUGCUACAACGAGAGCGGGAAGCUGAAGGAGACGAGUUCGCGGACAAAGAGAAAUUCGUGACGGAGGCGUACAAGGCGCAGCAGGAGGAGGUGCGAAAGGCCGAGGAAGAAGAGAAGGCGAGGCAGGAGUUGGAGGAAAAGAAAAGAAAAGGGAAGGGUAUGACGGGUUUCUAUCGUAAAAUUAUGGAUGAGGAUGAGGAGAGACAUCGGGCGGCAAUGGAGGCAGCAAGUCUGUCGGGGAAGAUGGGGGGUGAGAAAGUGGAAGAGGCCCCGAAGGAGAAAUCGGAGGCGGAUAUUGCGAGGGAGCUCAAUCAGAAGGGCGGGAAGAUCAUCAUCAAUGAAGAAGGGCAGGUUGCGGAUAAGAGACAGCUACUCACGGCUGGGCUCAAUGUGGUCGCGAAACCUAAAGCACCUACUUCGGCGGCUACGGCGACUACUCGACCGGGUGGCCUUCAGCCAGGCUACAAGGGUCGUGAAGGUGUACAGAGAUCGGUCAGAGAGAGGCAAUCGAAGAUGAUGGAAGAGCAAUUGGAGCAGGCGGCGAAGCGUGCUGCUGAUGAGGAGGCUGAAGAGAGACGGAAGCUUGAACACACUUCGAAGAGCCGCAAGACGGACUCGGACAUUAGCAGUGCAAAGGAGCGGUAUCUCCAGCGGAAAAGGGACGCUGCUGCCGCUGCCGGAAAAGGAUCGUAGAACAAUCAAGGUAUUACCUGGGGAAUUACCGAAUCAACCAUCACUCGUUUUAAGGUUUCGGGCUCUCAGGUAGGAAAUUUCUCAUGGAAUUUCGAGAAGACACUCUGUUCCCAUCCUUAAUAUGCUCUUAAAAUUUCAUGAGC